UAGACCUCCGCAAUGACGAAGACAAGGUCCCUUUGGCCGCUGGUUUUGAAGGGAAGAGCAGCAUGAGUGAUGUUAGUUGCACGGUGGAGGAAGGAGGUGAAAAGACUGGUGUUGAAAGCGAUGAAAGACAGUCUCCGCAUUCCUUACCAGGUGGGUUCACCGGGCUAGCAAGGAUCCCCACACUUAUGGUGGUCCUGCAACCAUUCGACAGUGUUGUCUCAAUGCCAGGGCAUGAUUCUUUUCUCGAAUCAAAAUUCUAAAGCCCUAUGUUCAAACCAAAAUAUGGUCCGGAAAAGAAAAGAAAAAAAACUACUUGAGAGUGAAAAUGGGGCCUACUCUAGCUGGACCCGCUCCUAGUGCUUGUGUUGGGAGUGAAAGGGCCGUCCUCGCUCGCAGUGGAAGGAUGAUGAUGUUGAAUCAGAUCUUGUUAAGGCCUCUCCUUCUGCUUUGUCAUUUGUGAUGGUGCCAGCUGGACUGCGCGGGUGGAGAUUUGCAGAUCGGCAGCACUCGGUUCGUAUGUUUCUAGCUUGUUUGGCUCUGUGCAGGUUAACCCUCUCUUACUUUUGGGUCAAUAUAGUGAUGAUGAAGCAGAAGGAGAAGAACAAAUGCUUGCAGAUGGUUUUAGUGGAGGUGCUUCAGCUGUCGCUGUUGUUGGCCAAGUGGAUCAGAAGGUGGCCAGCUUUCUUGCAGACCUCGAAACAAGUGGUAUUUUGAAGGAUGAGAGUUCUGAUCACGAAAAUAAAAUGGAGCCAGAAGGAACUGAAGAGGCAAAACCUCCACAAGACGUGGACACUGAAGAGAAUGAGUUAAUAUGCGAAUGGGAAGCAGUUUUGCAUAAAGAGAGUUCCGAGUAUUAUUACUGGAACAAGUUUACAGGUGUAACCACAUGGGAAAAGCCGGCAACUUAUGCAGAAUUCGAAGCGCGGAAAGCGAAGGGUCUUCAAAACAGAGUCGAAAUUGAGAAAAAAUGUUCAGUCCAAGAUCCUCAAUCAAGCAGUGAACCUGCCCAUGAGUUCUCGGUGCAGGAAGAUGUUUCCGAGUCAGAUGAUGCUGCAGUGCAAGACGCGAAGAAUAUUGAACUUAUGGAGGAACAAUGCGUAGCAGAAAUUGAAAGUGGCCAGUUGGAGGGUACUGGACGAAAGGAAGCGUCUUUCGAUCAUUCGGAAAAGCAAGAUGCAAGUUCUGACCACAACGGCGGAAUAGAAUCUGGCAGUUUAUCAGAGACGAGAGAGAGUGUUGAAAGAGUAUACUGCUCAUCGGAGAGUGUUAUAAAGUUUUCCGCAGAUUUACAGCGUGAUCCAGACUUUUCUGCAAGUGCAGCUACUGUGGAGCAUGAUGCAGGUGAUGCCUCUAAGUUCAAAGAGAGCAUGAGUCUGAACAUGGUUGAAAAUGUUGUGGGUGCUGAAGACAUGAACCCUGCAGUUGGAUCAACCGUAUCUGGACAUACCGGAGAUCGCCCCACUACUGCCGAUGAAGUAGAGACCACCGAUUUGCAAAAUCUGGAUUUAAAAAAUGUAAUGGAGCAGUCAAGGAGGUACGAUCACCAGCGCUUAAUAGAGCGGGGUGAAAUUUUGGUGCAAGGGUUCAAAAUAUUAGCAGGCGAAGCUCUGCGUCGUCUAUCAUCAAGGCUGCGGCUAGCCGUUGAAUCAGAAGUAAGAUUGUGUGACUGCAAAGCCGUAGCCAAGCAUGAUUCCGUGGAAAAACAGUAUUGGGAGUACAUGGAUUCUCAAAUUGCAAGGUUAGAAGCAAUUUUACCUAUUGAGCAAGCUGCGCCAUCAUUGGAGACAGAGCAACAGAACUUUAUUAGUAUUGAGGACGGAAAGCCCCAAUCUAGAGGAGAUGGUUACAUGCAUGGAGUUGGAAGUACAGAACACGAGCCUGAAGCACCUGGGAGUUCUCAGUUAUCAUUGCCAAAGUCUGAAAGAGAUUUUAAACCUACGAUUCAAUUAAGAAGCGAAGAUGAAGAUAUGGAUGUCGACAUGGAUGUGGAUAUGGAAGCUGAAGAUGAUCAUAACUUUGGUACUUCUGUCGCCGCCGGAUCUGUGGAUAACAAUGUUACUAACGCUAUGGCGUUAUCCGUGCCGUAUGAGUCUUCCGUAGGACAGACAGUGAUGUACAUCCCUACUCCACCAUUAUCUCAAGUUGUCUCCUAUGGACAUAUGGGAUCCUUGCCUCCUGAAGCUGCAUACAUUCCUCCUGCUCAAUCACUUCCUCCCAUGAACGAUGCCCCUCUAUUUCCUGUUGUCCCAAUCUUUCCUAGUGUAGCUCCCGUGUUCCCUGUUAUGCAGUCCUCCGUUCCUUUGCCUCAAGCUGAAUCAUGGGUUCCUCCACCUCCUCCAGAAGAUGAAUGGGUUCCCCCACCUUUGCCAGAUCACGAAGCUCCUCCCCCUCCAGAUGAGGAUGAGCCUCCUCAUUCUUCCGCAUCAGGUCAGAGUGCUGUCGACACAUUUUCAGCGUCUAGUCAUCUUGCUUAUCUAAGUUCUGCUGUACCCGUGAAUUCCUCAAGUGCUUAUUAUUCAGUAGGGACAAACCUGUCGAGCCAAGAAACUCCGAGUACGGAUAGACCUUCAGACGGUGGGAAGUUUGGUGCUAUCGAGUUGGAUACUGGCACUGCCCAUAUUAAUGGCAAUGCUGUACCUUCUUCAGGGGUGAGCAUAUUGCCAGCUGACACCUCCACAAAGAAAAGUACUAAAGGCCGUGUCAAGAAACGGUCUCACAGUGCGGCAGUUGGAGCAUCAUUGAUGUCUAACAAGAAGGUUUCUACCUUAGUUAAUAAGUGGUUAGCAGCACAGGAGGAGCUACACUCUAGUGACGAAGCAGAUGAAGAUAAAGAUAUGUUUGAUGUUGAAGCUUUGGAAAGAAAGCGGCAAAAAGAAAUAGAGGAAUGGAGGCAUCAGACUCUGGCCAGUGGUGGUGCUUUAGAGAACGCUAAUUUUCAACCGCUUGGGACUUUAGACUGGAGGGAGAGGGUAAAAAAGGCCAAGGAGGCAAGUAAACUGGCAACAAAAAAGGGAAAAUCUGCAAAAUCGGAAGAGUCUCAAAAGGAACCGACGAACGUAUCAGAUGAGUCCAGUCUUGAUGCGGACAAAGUGGCUGUUAACACUACGCCACCAAAGAGGCCGGAUCUGAAAGAGCUCACAAAGGGUUUACCUGCUGGUUGGCAGGCUUUCUGGGAUGCGGAGUCUUGUGAAGUGUAUUACGGCAAUGUGAAAACAUCCGAAACGAGCUGGGAUAGACCAUCAUGAUACCAGAUCUGAUGGACCAGCACGUGUUACACCCCAGACCGAAUUGAAUGGGUCUUAGAAUUUUCUUUUUGACUGAGCAUAUUAUUCUCAGAUGGCAAUAAGAUACAUUCGAGCAAAAACUAGAUCCGUAAUGAGAUGGGUUAGUUGGGGAUAAUUUGGGCUUUUGUCAAUUUGUCAUCUUUUUCUAAGCCUCUAUUGUUUAUCACAUUGAGUGCAAGGAUGCAAAGUUCAAAACAGAAAAAGAAAAAAAAGGUGUACACGUGGCUUCCCUAUAAUUCGACAAUUGUUCUGAGAUGGUUUUUAUGAGUUU